UUCAACACACAAAAGUAGAUCGAAUCGAACGAACAUAAAAAGGGCUAGUCGUGAUCGCUGGCAUUGAUUGAAGUAGAAAUUGGCUAAUUUCCUGGUCCAAUUUUUCACAAUCAACGCCAGGGCUACUUCAUUCGAUAGUGCCAAGUGUCAUGGAGUGGAAAAUGGUAUUCCUGGUGCGCGAUUCGGUGCAAUUGUGAAGCUGAAAACCCAUCCUUUAUCACAAAGGAGAACGGCUGCUGCUUACGCAGUGGCAUUUUCACAGGAAAGUGAAAAAUCGAUUUUUGUCGGAGACUUGCGAAAAGCUGCAUACAUAAUUGCGACGUUUUACCCUCGAUGAUGGAUGUUAUUGCGUUAAAAUUGGAAAAUCUGGAAGUGCUUCGAGGUGGGAUCAAUAAUAAUAACGCCGGUGGAAGCAACUGUGACAAAUUGGAUGACAAACUGUUGGAAGAGCCAGUGGGACCAGGAAUGACCAGCAGUGUGGCUAGUAUCUUAGAUGACACGACACCGAGUGACUCCGGCAUUCAGCUUCUGGAUUCGGAAUCCAGCGGUUUGAAUGAAUCGAUGAUAUCCAGUACCGGUGGGUUCGAUUUUGAGGGAGCCAAUCUGCAAAACAAUAACAACAACAAUGAGAAAGUGGCAUUGGACAGUCCUGUUCUGGAAGAGGUUGGCAAGUAUGUGGAAGGGGGUUUGCCAAAAGCGGACGGAGUCGUUGGUGCAGAGGAGAUAGAGCUAGCAAUGACAAGCAGCCAACUACCGGAUGAAAUGAUUUCGAGUACUUGUUCGACUUUUGAUACGGAAAAUAUCGUAUACAGGCGCAGGGUAAAGAAAACUUCUCAAUCACAAAGCAAAACUCCGAAGAAAAGAGUUUCAUUUCACGAAGAUAUACUCAAGAACACGAAAACCGAUAACAUACAUAUUGAGCAUGGAUUUAUCACUUACAAAUCGGGAGCGAAUAAAAACAAACAGCAGGUUGGAGUCAAAGGACGCUACUCCUGGUGUUCCGAGCACAAUGAUGACGGAUUUGAUUUCGGUGAUGAAGAAGCUGGUGAGAAUCGACAGUACGUGUACAGGAAUGCAUGCUCGGAUGUGUUGGACUACGGCAAGACAGAUGUCUUUGAAAAUAUUGAAGACGAGAAAAACUUUGUCAAGUAUGAUAACUCGGGUGUCUUCGAGUAUGGUCCCCCGGAGAAGCGAGUUCACUCAAAGCAAGUCAAAGAUGGUAAAGAGUUUUACGAAUGCAGCUGCUCAGAUUCCAACUCCAGCUUGGACUCGGGUAGUAGCAACGAAGCGUCAAACUAUAAGCAAAAUAAAUCAAACAGUUGCGAAUGCAUCGGGCAGGAUAGGCAUCGGAACAAAAACAAUAAUAAUAUCAUUCUGGACAAUUGUUACUACAGCGAACCUAAUAUUGAGCAUCUGGAUGAGUUCAAUGGAAACAGCUUGAGCGGUUCGGAUCGUAUUGCAAAAUCGGUCUGGAGUAAAGAGAAGAAGCCGAAGAGCAGCUGCUUGAAGAAAACUAAAAGAAACAUGAUGUAUACUAAUAUUGUUGUGCCGGAGUAUGAUUUGACCAAGAAGGUCAAAAAAUUCAACGUGCAUCAUUUGUCAGUGAUUGACAAUAGCAAAAUGAUUUUUGGCUCACUGAAAGACAUUUUUGGAAUCGCUUUACCGGAACGUGGUGUUCCGGAAGGUUCAGAAGAUCUCUCCACAGUUCGAGAGUGUAUUCCGGAAGCGAACGAUUCUAUGAUUGACGAUUUUACCGUGGUUCAAAAGCCGAAGAACUUUUUGUCGAAAAGUUUGGACGGUGGUUUCAAUAGUAACAACAAGACGAAAGGACCGAAGAAGUAUGUUCACAAUGUCGACGAACAAUUGCGGCGUAAGAACGACGAAGAUUUGUUCGCACCGAGUCGAACAAACAGCGUCGAGGAAGAGGAUGAUGAAUCUCAAAAACAGCCUGAGCAAAUGCAAACCGAACAACCACAACAGAACGAACAACAACCCCAAGCACCGUAUCGCAACAAGUAUAUCAUCAACGGCGAAAGCACAGUGUUUGAACACACGGGCGUUUCCUAUUGCUAUGACGGGGAUGGAGAAACAAGUCCCACUACCGAGGAAAGCCCUAGCCAAAGGGAGCUACCGUUUGGUGAAACGACUGGCAGAUCAUUCAUUGGCAAAUCACAGAUCAAGCAAAAAUUGUCCAACAUUUUCCAAAAGAUGAACGUCAUCAGCUCGAAUGCAACUUCACCAACAACUCGCAGCGGCGGAGAUGGGCUAGAUAUUGUCCCGGAAGUGUUGCUGCAGCCAAAAGAGCCUGCGUCGCAAGCCAGGAAGCAAUCGAGCGAUGAACUCGAUAGUGGAGUAGGCGGAAUGGUCCAGACGAAAGCUGAGAAUCGAAUGGAAAGUAGUACGAUUUCCUCUUGUGAAAGCGAGCAGAGCUCCUCGGUUCUGUCGGAAUCAAGCAAGGAACAGAAAGGGGUAAAUCCUCGCGACCACACGACUAUGAAUCUUAAAUCUCCUCGGGGAUCUAUCACCGGAGGCAAAAAUCGCCAUCUUUGUUCGCCGAUGCGCAAAAAAUCACUCACCAGUCGAUUGGAACCAUCCCGGGCGCGCAUGAACCCCGACCUGUUUAAUCUCGGUGGAUUACCACCGUUAGCUGGUCGCCAUCUGAAUGCGGAUCGUCAACUGUUGUCAGACGAAUUUGACGAUAUUCUAACGGUGACCACCAGUGCCACCAACGAUACCGACAAGGAUAGCAGCGAUAUCGUAAUUUUGGACUAUCCAUCGACUAGUAGCACACCUACUCCGCAACCGGAUGUUAUCGAAAUGCUACCGGAACGGGUUCCAUUCUUUCCACCCGGUAGUCGACGGCACAAUCCAAUGACCGCUUCGACCAGCUCGACGUCGACUUCUAAGAGUUCCCUCAUCAACCGGUUUCUGCGAAACGUCACACAGAAGAAGAUACUGGAGGCGACGAUUAAACAGAACAGUUUCUUCCAGUCAAAACUGAGCACGGAAAGGAAACUGUUCGAUAACUUGGUUCCGAAAGGAGUGCAAUCCUUGAAUCGGGAUCUGAUUGAAGAUUUGAAUGCGGAAAUCGCAAUGGAAAUAGAGUUAAGUUCUUCUGCUUGUCAGCUGGAUAGGAUUCAGUUGAACGAUUCGCAUGUUGGUCAGGGUGGAUAUGGACUGUCGCUUGCCGAUGUAAAAUUUGACGGUGGUGGUGUCGGAGUAGGCGAAAUUCCAGUGGAGAUUUUUAAUGGGAAUCGGUUGCACAUUUUUCGGAAUGAAAAUGAAGUGCUAAUGAAAGUAUUCAAACUGUACAAUGGCUACAGUCGGGAAGGUUAUAUGACUCCGGUGCUGGUGUUCCUGACCGAUAAAACUUUGUACGUGACGGAUCAGGUCAGAAAUCGGCUGUGUAACAAGUUUGUGCUUCCCUAUUCGGAAUUGGAUGUGAUCCUGGUUGGUCCCUAUGGAAAUACCGUUCUGUUGAGUAACUCCGCUAGGGAUAUGCAGCAAGUAUUGUUAGCGGGUGGCCCUUAUCCAGCCGAUGGUUUAGUCUCUAGCUUGGAAUUGUGUGCUCGAAGAGGAGGCUCAAUUUUGCCAGCCGUUGGACAGCUAACGUUGGAUCACUUGGCUCCCCUACAGGCGUUUGUUCGGGAUAACUCGAACGUAACCCGUGAAGAUGCGUGGAAAUACUACGCUGUAGUGAAUGUUCCCGCUGGAACACUGGGCUGUGAGGAAGAACCGCUUGGACCGCAUAUAAAGGGUCCCCUGAUGCACCGAAGAAUGUCGCAUGCUGGUUUUGUGGACCAUUGGGCGGCUGGAUACUUUUUGCUGAAAGCCGGAGUUCUGUAUCUUUUUGGGGACGCCAGCCAAAAAUUACCGACGUGGGCUGUCGCCUUGGCGGAAUGCCAAGGAGCAAGACGUUCGCUCCACUCGGGAAGACCAUACUGUUUUGAGUUGCUGCUAAGGACAGGUGCCUUACAGCUAGCAGCUCCUGACGAGUACGUUGCAUCCGACUGGCUGCAGGCAUUGGUGCAAGCUGCUAGUGGGCAGCUGUUUGAGCUUCAGGAACGUCGCCGAACACUUGGAUGUACACUGAUUAUGACAUCCAAUCAUCUGUUGACGCUUCGCGAAGACUUUAGCUCUCCCCUGAGAAGAAACACUAUAUCAACGAGUGCAAAUUCUAGUCUAAUGCUAUCUCCAGCGAAGGAAAACGUCAACCCCAAUACGCAGUUACUUCAACCGGCAGGGCAGAGGAAGCUAAGCAAUUCAAAUGCUGUGGAUACUUCCAGUGAGAUAAGCUCAAUCCGCUCCACUGGAAGCACUCCGACAAAAUUCCACGGAACCAUCAGUUCCGAUCGUCGCUCGAAUUCGACAACCAGCACACCAACGAAGGGUAGCAGCUUUCACCCAGCGACAACCGGAGUAAAUGAGCGUAACCACCCGGCAAACAAUUCCCCUUCCCGAGGCUACCGCCGUCCCUCUUCGCUGGUGGAUGGAUUGAUACUGGGCACAAACGAGGAUAAAAGUUACACCAACAUGAGCAGUUUCUAUGGAAAGAAUUCAGGUGUCGAGGUAUUGACGUGUGCCAGUAUUGAUGAGAUGUCGGCAGUUAAAAUUCCAGCAAUCUCCUCCAACUGGUGGUGUAUUUUGGAAUUCGAAUGCCAGGAGGUACGCGAGAAUUCCGACGAUUUGGUGGUGUUUUUCUCGACGAGUUCUGAACAGGAACGUUUCCUCUCCUUGCUCGAAUCAAUCUGGCACUCGAAAAAGGACGAGCCCUUCCCGGCGUCAAUCGUAACCAGUGAGAAUGAGCUGUACCAGCACUGCUCAAAGUUGUUCCUCGAGAUCAACCGAUCCUGGGAGCCGCUGCUGUCCGCUGCCUUAGGCUAUCCUCAGUAAGUGAUUGCCGCCGGGUCAUUCACGGUAGGUAUCAGUAUAUGUACAUAGAACACCGGUGUCUAAACCAUAUAGACAUAUUGGUCCUUCCUUGGUUGCUCGUACAAAGUUUUGUUAUAAUGAAAGCUAUAAUAGUAAGUAAGUUUAGGGUCUUCAUGGUGAUAGGUAUUUAAGGCUGUACCCUAAAACGUGCUUUGUUAUAUUUUUAUUUUGGGCUGGAUCCAAAGAAGUCAAGUGUAGGUUAUACUUUGCCGCAUAGAAAAAGUUUAGUUUUGCUCAUGGAUUUGAUGAGUUGUUAGUAAUCCGGUAAAAAACUGGCACUAUUUUCGGUGCUUAAAUUAUUCCGAUCUGAACGAAUUAUUUUUAGGUUUGUUGAAAUUGUAUUCAAUCGUCGUACGUUAAGACAAUAUUUAUUGGAAAUUUUACAUUGAAAUGUAAUCAAAACAUGAAUAGUGAAAACAUUGAAGUAUUAAACACAACAGAAACAAAAACCCUUUCCAAGCAAACUGAUUAAUAGAAUAUGUAUGUUUAAGAAAAUAUAUAGCUUUAUAUAUAAUCAAUGUGCUGUUCAACCAACCAGCUUUCUAUGGUGAUCAUAUUUAACACAAUUUUGUAUAAUUCAGCUUCAGCAAAGUGAUCAACAAACGAGCUUGCUUACAAUCAUCGCUGCUAGAUUCUUAGGCGAUAUUUUUCUGUUCUGUCCCAAUUGAACCCGCUAAAACAUUAUAGCUAACAUAGGGAGCAGGUAAUCGUACAUUCAAUAACAAAUUGGAGUAUUGCAUUACUUGGGAACUUCUUCUGUGCUGUCGGAAGAUAAAGUGAGUUGUGGAUUUGAAGAUCUACGCUUUCAAGAAUGGUGAGCUAAUGCAGCGUUGUCUGGCUGUACGUUUUAACAGAAUUGGGUCCGAGACCUGUGACUUGGAAUGCUAUUGUUUUUGAAUGGUUUGGUAGCCGUGAUCUCGUUUUUGAAUUCGUAUCGUCGUCAAAAGUGGACUCGAAUUUGAUCGAUGUUGAUGUGGUGUAUGAUGGUGAUGACGUGACUCACAGGGGAGAUGUGUAAUCUGGCGUAGUACUUUUGAGAUUGGAGACUUCGAUCUAUACUUUAUACGAAACGUGUCCGAUCUUCCGGAUUAUCAGAAUAUUCAUUUUGUUACCGUAAUGACCAUGGAUAUUGCCAUAUAUGGUUGUCGGACGUUGACAUUUGUGUUUAUUCCCGAGUGGGACGCAGUAAUUCGAGACAUGUGCGAACUUUGUGACCAAACAUGUAUCUCGGAUGGCGACUGCCGUCCUGGCAGAACCCAAUUGGACGUGCUCCGGUACGUUUGUUGCAAGAUGUCCAGUGCUUUAUAUAACGCUGUACACCACUUGCAUAUGUCAGUUCAGUUAUGUCAAAUAAAAACAUGGUUUCGCAAAAAUCGCUAAAAUUAACGGAAAGAAAUUCUUGCAAUCACUACAAGAAUGUAGAGAGAAAUUUAUAUAACUUAUAGCGUACUGUAGUGUCAAAUACCAAAAUGCCAUUAAAACAUUAAUUUUUUCGCUGCACUUGGUCAAUAUAUGAUUUAUUGUCAAUAUUUCUGCUCGUGUAGGGUCUAGGCUUUACAAGGCUCGAAUCCACGAAAUUAUCACGCUUUCAUACUGCAGUCAGCAACUUCUCGCAAUUUCUUGAAAGGUAAAAAUAUGGGUCCCUGCCCACUAUGGAAGAAAAAGUGCACCCAACCAUUUAUUGACGCUGUUCACGGCCACCCAGUUAAGCUCAGCCGGAAACGAACUGGAAUUCUGGCUGGUUCCAGUUCGUAUUCCGGCUCCA